AUGGCAUUUCCAGCAAUAAAAGGCAGCCCGGGCAGGAGGUGGGGGCCACCAGACUGGGCUGGCCCGAGGGCUGUGAUGUCAUCGCUGGGAGUUGAGUAUGAAGACGCUUCGAAUGAGCCCGCAUUCCAGAUAGAAAUUCCCGACCUAUUGUUUUUCUGGAAAGACGUCCCUCGCGCUGGAGAGCACGGUCGUUAA